UUCAUAGAGAAUAGAGUAAUCCUUGAGAAAGUAAAGAGCGCAUGCGUCUCCAAUUUUUAUUUUCGCCUUUCGGCCAUAUUGUUAUGACGCAUACAAGAUCAUAGGUCUCCGCCAGUGACGAGUCUUCUCGCAGUUGACGUGGCUACUACGUACCGUCCCGUUCGCCCACUCCGGACGCAGCAUAUACGGUGACGAGGAAUACGUAACUGGUAAGCGAAGUGGGCAUGGACGGAAUGGUCGAGGAGAACGGCACGUCUGGCGCAGCAGGCGUCGCGGACCCUCUGUCGGGCGCGGGCUCCAGCAGCGCGCCGCACGCCGUCGUCACCAGCAUCGUGCAACUCACGCUGCCCACACAAGCGCCUUCCGCACAGGUGCAAUCAGUUAUACAACCUAAUCAACAGUCUGUUAUCCAAACAGCAUCUAAUAUUCAGCCAGUGCAAUUGCCCAAAGGAAAUGUUAUAUUGGUUAGUAAACCAAGCUCAGUUAUACACACUACCCAGGGAACUUUGCAGACAUUACAGAUUAAACCUGAACCAAACACCAUAUUGAGCGCACAAGGACAAUCAUGCAGUGACGAUAGUUGUAGUGAUGAUGAAAGCCCCAAAAGAAAAUAUAGAGAGAUGUUAACUCGUCGCCCUUCAUAUAGAAAAAUUCUAAAUGAUCUUGGUGGUGCAGAAAUUGCAGAAAAUCGCAUGGGAACUAAAGGAUUGGAAAGUGAAGUAUCGCUGACGCCUUUAUCGUUUGCGCCAGUGAUUCCGGCCGGCGCGCUGCAGACGGAGGGCGGCCUGCACACGCUGGCGGUGUCGGGCACUGGCAGCGGCGGCGCCAUCGUGCAAUACGCCAAUCAGGACGGACAGUUCUACGUGCCGGGGCCAAUUUUAGAAGAUCAGACGAGGAAGCGAGAGUUACGACUACUUAAAAAUCGAGAAGCUGCCAGAGAAUGUCGACGUAAGAAGAAAGAAUAUAUCAAAUGCCUGGAAAAUAGAGUUGCAGUGUUAGAAAAUCAAAACAAAGCUCUCAUAGAUGAACUAAAAUCUCUCAAAGAACUGUAUUGUCAGCAAAAAACAGAAUGAGGCCCAGCCGGCUAACCAGGUGUGCCGCUGCCCUGCCGGUAAGAGCUUAGAGGCACACAAAAGAUAAUACUGUAUACAGAGUACUUGGUUUCGUCCAGGUUAAAGUGCAGUGCAGUGCAGACGACUGAAAUGUAAUGCUGACUUUGAACGAAUCUUUUGGGAGAAAAUUUUACCAUAUUAUAUUUACUUUACUUUCAGUAAAGAUUCUCUACCACUAUCAGCACUUGAUAAUAGUAUUGAAUAUGCAAUUUAUCAAAAUGUGAAAUGUCUUAAAAUGUGUUACCAUUCGGAAUAUUUUCUUUGGAAGAGAAAAGCAAUUAAACAAGGAAGUGUUUGUACUCAAGCGGUCAUUUGAUCAUAAAUAAUCUAAUUGUUUUUUAACUUCGCUGCGAUACCAAUAAGAAGGAAUACUGAAAUAUGUGUUGUAAGCGUAAGACAAGUAACACCUUCGAACGACUUUCUAAUAGUUGCCGCUCGGCUAUAAUAAUACAAUACGCUACCAUACGCAUAUUAAAAACGAAUUAAGCAACAAAUUUUAAAAGUUAGUAAAAAAUUGUUUAAUUUUUAAUAUGAAACGACCGCUUGUGGUCAUUUAGACACUUCAAGUAAACAAUCCAAACCAGAGAAAUCGUAAACUGAAAGAAUGUUGCAUCUAUUCAGUACCUAGUAAUAACACACAGGUUACAGAUGUUAAAAGAGUAAUCAUAAUAAUUUAUUAUAAGCAUUGGAAUUACAUAUUUAAUUUUAUGUACAGUUAAUGAUAUCAGAAAUUGUUAUUUAUUUAUUGAAUGAAUUUUAAGUUAAUUAUUUUAAUACCUACUUUUAUUUCACUAUUCCCAAUAAUAAUGAUUUUUGACAUUGUUGAACCAAUUUCGUGGUCAGCGACAACUAAGUAUAAUUUACUCCUAUGAGUCCUACCUACCACUAACCCAACUAUAUUACAUAUUUAUAUCCAGCUUUAUAAACUGGACUUGUGUGCCAUUUAAAUAAAAAAUGUUCCCGAUAUUAAAAAUUUCAUUUUUACAGAAUUGAGAAUUUUUAUGAACUAUUUCACUUUACGGUACACAUGGAAUAAUAAAUUAACAUAUUAAUAAAAUCUCAUUCUGUGAUGAGAAAAGAGUGAUAGAUUUUACUGAAUCUGAUUGUAUAAAAGAAGUGUCGUAGGUUUCUUAGUAGUAUAUUCACCAUGCUUCAUGGUGUGUUAAUGGAUAAGCCAAAGUUAAUGAUUAGAUAUUUGUGCAAUAAUAAUAUUGCUAUGUACAGAUUUAGUAAAGUACCAUUUUCAGCCCUUUAUGAAAGUUUAAUAAGACGGAUGUGUAUAUUAUGUAUAGAUAGAAUAGAAUGUAUGUAUAGUGUAUUUUAAAAGUUUCAAUUAUUUUGUACAUAUACAUAAUAUUAUGUAUUUGUGAACGGAAGCUGAUGUUGCAUAUCACCUAAAUUAAUUCUCAAUUAUGCCGAUUACUAUUUAUGAAAGAAUCCUUAUACACAUUACUGUUUUAAACGUCAUUUCGGUUCACGAAAAAAAAUGUAAAGAUAAUAAGUGUAUUAUUUUGUAAAAGGGUAAAAUUAAUUGAUUCUUAGAAAUAAAAUUAAGAUUUUUAUAUAUGAAUCAUUUGCCAUGAUUGAUGUGUAGAAUAGAUAAUGUUAUAGUUAUAAUUAUUGUUUUAUUUUCAUUUACUUCAGCGUUGUUGUUAACUGACAUAAUAGUUGUUUAUUAUGUUAAGACAUGUCUGCCAUGGCAAAUGAUGUAAGAUUAAUUAAUGUAAGACAUUGUGGAAAGUGCCUUUCAAUUUAAAAUGAAUAAAGUUUAUACCAACAUAGCUUCUUAUGUUAACUUAUGCUAUUUAUAAAUAUUAAUAAUAUUAACUGUUUUGAUGUAUUA